AUGCCGCAGCACUCCAGCCCGCCAACCAGUCGCGACGUUCCCACCACCGAGUACCGAGGCCGUCCCCGCCAGCGCCUUGCUGCGAGAGUGCAUGUGUGUGUGUGUGUGUGUGUGUGUGUGUGUGUGUGUGUGUGUGUGUGUGUGUGUGUGUGUGUGUGUGUGUGUGUGUGUGUGUGUGUGUGUGCAUGUGUGUGUGUGUGUGUGUGUGUGUGUGUGUGUGUGUGUGUGUGUGUGUGUGUGUGUGUGUGUGUGUGUGUGUGUGUGCAUGCGCUACCAAGCGUCAUAGCUGUGGUUUGUCAGAUAAAAGAGGGCAGUCGCAUCUUCGAGCAGUUGGGCUGGAACUUGAGUGUGCAGUCGAUCGCAUCAGUCGCAGCGCAGCAGUCAACGGCUUGAAGCGUCGUCGCGAGCAUGGCGCCCGCAGUCGAGGCCGGCGGUGGGCCGCGCGGCGGCACCAGUACCAGCAGCCAGCGCAAGAGCCGGUCAGCCACUCUGACUGAUCGGGGCAGCAGCUCGUCCCAAGAGGGUGAAGCUGUCGCCGCCUUCCAACAGCAAGAUUUGACACGCGAAUUCUUUGCCGAUGAUUUCGAUGCCAACCGCCAUGCCAAUACCAUUAUCAAAGCGCACGGCAUUGCCGAAUGUCUCUCUCGGCUGCAACGAGGUCUGGCCCAAAUCGAGACUGAGCUGCACCGACAAGUCACGCAGCGCCACCAUCACCUGCUGCACCAAGCCCUGGGCAUCCAACGCCUCGAAGAUGUUCUGGAGAUGGUGCAAGCCCGCGUCGACUCGAUUCAUCAAAACACCUCGCGCUUUCGAGAGCGCCUUCACGAACCUUUUUCACAAAUUCAGAACCGAACCGCACAGCUUGGCCGGCUCCAGGCUGCAUGCGAUCUUUUGCGUCGCACAGCUCGUUUCAAGGCCUCUACCAGCCGUCUUCACGAUCAAGUCAAAGCCGGCUCCCAAAAACUUGUCCAGGCAGCUGCAAGCUUGCAUGACAUUGACUUGCUUCUCGAGGAUCAAGAAUUGCACAAGGUGACCAUUGUAGCUGAGACCAAACCUUGGCUCCAAGAAGCUCGCGAGCUCGUGGUGGCCAGUGGCACUCGCCUCCUACAAACUGGCAUGCAGGGCAAGAACCAAGUUCAUGUGGCGAUUGGCCUGCAAGUCGCCCAAAACCUGGGCCUUUUGAGCGAUAAUGUUCGCUCCGUUCUGAAUGGCCUCGAAAACUUGUUCCAACAACGGCUGGACGAAGUGAGCCAGCCGCCGGCUGUAUCGGAAACAGACAGUGCACCUUCGUGGACCAUGCAGGUCAAGUCAAGACGCUCCAGCGCGUCUUGGCAAAACGGCGUGCCCAAGAAACCAUGGCCACCUUUUCAGAGCUCCUUGAGCCCCGGUCUGGUGGUAUUGCACACCAACACUGGCUUGCUAUGUGCAAGCGACUGCAAGAAUUUGCUGAAAAUUGUGCAACCGCGAUCGAAUCUGAGUCCUUGUGCACUGCUUAUCUUACCUCACUUGGUUAUCGCUGGGUCUCUCUCUCUCUCUCUCUCUCUCUCUCUCUCUCUCUCUCUCUCUCUCUCUCUCUCUCUCUCUCUCUCUCUCUCUCCUCUCUCUCUCUCUCUCUCUCUCUCUCUCUCUCUCUCUCUCUCUCUCUCUCUCUCUCUCUCUCUCUCUCUCUCUCUCUCUCUCUCUCUCUCUCUCUCUCUCUCUCUCUCUCUCUCUCUCUCUCUCUCUCUCUCUCUCUCUCUCUCAGCUUCGGGCGUCAUUCGCAGCGCAUUUGAAGCAGAAUUUCCCCGACUUUGGCGGCUUCACGCCGAAUCACUCGCAAAGAUCACGGCCCAAUUUGGAUCUGAUUUACCCGUGUCACUACUCGAAGCUGAAGAAGCGGUGUUUCAAGACAGCAUCCUACCCUUGCAGCGUGUCUACAUAUCAGCAUCUAUGAGCCGCAUGUUCGACCCGAUCAAUCUCGUCUUUCCCGAGAGUUCCCAGCAGCCACCUUCUUCCGAUGAAGUCAAGGCCAUUGUGCGCGCUUGUGUACGUGAGCUGGAGCUGGUGGCAGCCAUCCCCGCAUUGCAGCAGGAAAUUUUGCAUAGCCUGGCCAAGGCUAUCAACUGGUUUGUGAUGAAGACGGAGCAGGCACUGGCCAUUGGCGAUGACGUCCUUCACCUGCAAGGCCCGGUUACCAAAGGCUUGAAGCGCAACAUCUCGCUGGCCAACCGCUUGCAUCAAUUAACGCACGAGCUCAGCUCGGCCGUUGAUGGCGCAGUCUUAAAACGCAUUGAGGAGCUGGAUCAUGGGCGCGGUUCUUAUGCCAAGGCCUUUGAGGGUGCCCAAAAACUCUUGGAGGACAUUGUGCGACCCAUCUUCGACUCGGUGCGAGACCAUUGCUUUGGAUUGCUAGAGCAAAUGCAGCACUGCGAUUUUAAGGGCAGUGACGCCUCUGCCGGCACCCACGAGCAACCCGGCCAUGACUAUGUGGUGCAACUGGGCGAGUAUUGUGCCCACGUGGUCAACGUGUGCCUCUCGCGUAUCGCCGCUCUACAGCUGCGCCAAUCCUUGUGCCAGGACUUGACGGCACAGCUGUGCUGGUACUUUAUUGCCAAUGCUUGCAUCCUUGAUAGUGUGUCGCCAUCGGGGCGGAUGACCCUGCUGGAGGAUGUGUCACAGCUUGAGUUGGGCUUGGAGGCCUUAACACCCAUUGCCAACUGCAAGGUGGCUGACAUCGGAGCCCCGUAUCAUGCACUACGAGCAAUGCGGCCCAUGCUUUGCGCCAGCAUCUCUGAGCUUGGUGAUCAGGCACAGUCCAGCACGGCGCUACCGCCGAGGUAUGGCUGCCGCGAUUGCUUUGGUUUGGAGCUUUGGUUCGGUUGA